AUGCCCUCAUACCGACCGUCCGCUAGCAGACGGUACCGCUGGCCGGAACUGCAACUGAACAUCUGGCUGAUCACCGUGCUGGUGGGCUCUGGGGUGUGUCUGGGGGUGUUUGCGUGGUUCAUGGUGGUGCAGACGCAGCUCCGCUUGGGGAUUCCUUGGUUGUUCCCAUUCAUGGUCACCGUCAGCGCCCUCGGCGUCGCCUUUGUCGCUACAAUCCUCAUUCUCGCCGCACAGCGAUUCCUUCUUCCCGGAAUUAUUAUCAUUGGCAGUUUUAUUUUGUUUGCGCUGUGGCUGACAGGCCUGAUUGAGACGGCGCUGCAGUUGUAUGGUGGACAGGCCAAUGUGAAUUCCAACUGCCAGAAUUACGUGACGAAUAUGCCGUGGACGGGCAAUACUGUUGAAGCGCUGGCGUGGUUGACGCAAAACACCAUCUGCAACUGUUGGAAAGCAGCGUUUGCGUUUGAGUUGGUUAAUACGAUAUUCUAUUUUUGGAUGAUGGUCAUGUCGUGGCAGGUACACAAGGACGCUAAGUGA